CAUGCCGGGGAUGGACACAUAGGAUAACAUGCCGGGGAUGGACACAUAGGAUAACAUGCCGGGGAUGGACACACAUAGGAUAACAUGCCGGGGAUGGACACAUAGGAUAACAUGCCGGGGAUGGACACAUAGGAUAACAUGCCGGGGGAUGGACACAUGGAUAACAUGCCGGGGAUGGACACAUAGGAUAACAUGCCGGGGAACGGACACAUAGGAUAACAUGCCGGGGACGGACACAUAGGAUAACAUGCCGGGGAAUGGACACAUAGGAUAACAUGCCUGGGGAUGGACACAUAGGAUAACAU